AUGGAGAUUAACAGCGAAAAUACCGACAGUGGAAAGGCCACUGGAUCGAAGAAGGGCGGUAGAGGAGCCAAGCAGCGGCGUACUGAUGCUUACCGAAAGGCAAAGAAUCAGGAGACUGACGAUGCUAUCAUGGCCGGAAUAUUUGCUCGACUCAAGAUUCAGGACCCUACAGCUGUCCCGGCGUUGCCAUUGGCGCGCGAGAUCCACCCUGCAACAGUCCCGGUUGCGCUUCACUGCGUACCAGAUUUUGUUGAUAGAACUUGGGACACUAUGGAGGCUAUUGGAACUCGACCCUUUGCGCAAUUGAACACUCGUGAGAACAAAGACAUAUUCAAGAAGGGCGUAUUAAUCCUUUGUGAGGCUAAAGUUUGUUAUGCACAGCGUGCGCAUAUCGACAAGCCCGAUGAGGAACUGCCAUCAAAGAAGCUAUAUACUUUGGAGGAGCUACAGGAUCUUAACAACAUGGCAUCCACUCUUCCAUACCCGCUCGCAAUUCUUUUGGAAUGCAUUGGGAAUACGGUUUCUGGGAAACAGAUCGUCACACCACUUCUGGCGGCAAUCCCUGGCAAAGAUGCAAACCUUUCAGGGGCGAUGAAUUACGCUCCACGUGUCAUGAUUCUAGUACUGAGAGUUCUCCGUGCCGGCGUUCCCCUAAAUGGCGAAGUUCACCAAGUAGCUCUAGCACUUGGCAGCUUUCCAGCCGUUGAUUGGGAGGAGUUUGAGGGAGUGAUCGUGCCGCCUGCAAUUGUAGGCCAGGCCAUGCUUUUGGACCAAGACAAUAUGAUUAAAAUAAUCUCGACUAUUAAAUCAAAUGCAACGGGAAUCGAUGAAUCCCUGAUAAGACACGAACAUUUAAAUAAAGAGGAACGCAGAGAACUUUUUAAGCUAAUAAGAAAGUUCGAAAAAGUCUUACACAAACCCGGAGAUAAAUUAACGUUUUCAAAUCAAGUAAAACAUAAAAUAAACACUACCGAUGAAAUCCCAGUCUAUACUAAAAGCUAUAGAUAUCCGCAUAUCCUUAAACAAGAAAUCGACAACCAAAUUGAACAGAUGCUAGAUGAUGAAAUGAUUAGACCUUCAAAUUCCCCAUGGAGUUCACCUGUAUGGAUAGUCCCGAAGAAAGCCGAUGUGACAGGAAAAAAGAAAUGGAGAAUCGUCAUUGAUUAUAGGAAAUUGAAUGAAAAAACCAUAGGCGAUAGAUACCCAAUUCCUAACAUCACGGACAUAUUGGAUAAACUAGGCCGAUGUAACUACUUCACAACCAUAGACCUUGCUAGCGGAUUUCACCAGAUAGAAAUGGAUCCGGAAAGCAUACCAAAGACAGCAUUUAAUGUAGAACAUGGUCAUUACGAGUACGUACGCAUGCCAUUUGGACUCAAGAAUGCACCUGCGACAUUUCAGAGAGCAAUGGAUAAUGUGUUACGAGGUUUGCUAGGCAAAAUAUGCUUAGUCUACAUGGACGACAUCAUUAUAUUUUCAACCAGCCUGCAAGAACAUCUUAACAACCUUAAAUUAGUCUUCGAGCGACUUCUGUCUUUUAACAUGAAAAUACAAUUAGACAAAUGUGAAUUUCUGAAAAAAGACGUAGAAUUCCUAGGACAUAUCAUAACAGCUGAAGGAGUUAAACCAAACCCGCGAAAAAUUGAAGCAAUUAAAAAUUUUAAAAUUCCAAAUACCCCUAAAGAAAUCAAAUCCUUUUUAGGCCUCGUCGGAUAUUACAGAAAAUUCAUCAAAGACUUCGCAAAGAUCACGAAACCUCUUACCAAUUGUCUUAAGAAAAACGUUAAAAUUAUUCACGAUAAAGCCUUCCGUACAGCAUUUAAUCUCUGUAAGAACAUUUUAACUAACGACCCGAUUCUACAAUACCCUGAUUUUCAUAAACCCUUUGUACUGACAACAGACGCAUCAGAAUACGCGAUUGGAGCUAUAUUAUCUCAAGGACCCAUCGGAUCUGAUUUACCCAUUUCAUAUGCUAGUCGCACAUUAAAUUCCACUGAAUGUAAUUACUCUACAAUUGAAAAGGAACUUUUGGCAAUAGUUUGGGCUACAAAAUAUUUUCGUCCCUACCUUUUUGGCCGAAAAUUUACAAUUAUAACGGAUCAUAAACCACUUCAAUGGUUAUUUUCGAUCAAAGAACCUAAUUCAAAAUUAGUAAGAUGGCGACUCAAACUUCAAGAGUAUGAAUAUACAAUUCAAUAUAAAAAAGGUAUUCAUAAUAGCAACGCCGAUGCACUAUCACGACCACCAAGAGAAAUACACCCCAUGGAAAUCAAGAAACCUCCUUCUACUCACAUGUCAGCAACAUGCGAUGACAAUGAGGCAGAUGACCAAUAUUUAUGGCACGAAAGAAUCAAGCAUUUCUUUGAUAACUUUCAAGAUCAACCGAAUCUUUUUGAAAAACCACAGAAAAAGAAAGAAACAAAAAAGAUUAAUAUUAUUUCUCAAAUAAUAAUACCUCCACCAAGUUUGAAGAAAAUCAAGGAACCCGAACAAAAUAAAUCAAAAUCACCAAAACCUUCGACAAGCCAUGAAAACGACAUCAUUUUAUUAGAAAUUCCAGAAAAAGACGGAUCGGAAACAGACACAGCUAGUCUAUCCAUAGAAAAAUUACCCCCAGAACGUCAAGAGAUCGUAAAUAACAAAAAAGAUAACUCCGAAACAGAAACAGUACACACAUCAAAGGAAGACCCUAUAUUAGGUGCCCCGUAUGUCAAUAAAUCUUUAAACAUAUUCAAAAAUCAGAUAAUAUUUAAAUGGACAGCAAAAGAAAAACCCUAUGUGACCAAAACUACCCUAUUCGAAACAAAAAAAAGACUAAUCUAUUUUAUAAAUAAAGACCCCUUAACUUUUGAUAUACAAUCACUCUUUAAGGAUUAUCUACCACCAGAUACAUAUUGCCUAUAUUUCCAAAAUAAGGAAUUAGAACCCCUAAUUUUAAGAAUUUUUCAAGAAACAUUUAAAAAUAACGCAUACAAACUUGUUAUUUCAAACACACUCCUUGAAGACGUUUUAAACGUAGAUGAAAGAAAAGAAAUUAUAGAAAGAUAUCAUACUACGAAAACAUCGCACAGAGGAAUGACGGAAAACAUAAAAAAUAUUAAACAACGUUAUUACUGGCCGAGCCUGGAAAGAGACGUUAUAGACUAUGUAAAUACUUGUGAAACAUGUCAAAAAACAAAGUAUGAUCGACACCCAUACAAAGUUGUAUAUAAACCGACCCCAACUGGAUCGAGACCCCUUGAACAUAUAUAUAUGGACAUCUAUUCAAUUUCAGUGUGGGGCAUGGGACACCGCAAGACUACUAUAGAAAGGAGAUUCAGAGAUCAGGAAAGACGCAGAGAAAAAGAACAAGAAAUGGAUACCUCCGACGGAUACACGACGGACAGGUCAACGAAAAAUAGUUCAUCAAAAAGCAAGAGAAGAGAAGCAGAGCGAGAACAACCCAGGAAAGAGAUUGUUGACUCCCCGCCCCCAGAGGGCGAGAAGAAAACAGUCCCGGAACUGGAAGAUCAGGAGAUAAAUCACGCUAGGGAUCCCGUCAACGUCUUCAGCAGCAGCUGCCGCCCCACCACCGCCUAG